AUGCAAAACGAAAACAACGUGGUUGUUAUGUUCAUUGGUGACACAGGUGCCGGAAAGAGCUCGGUCGGAAACCUCUACUUAAAGGAUAAGGCAUUCGAAGCAAGUCAGAAAGCCGAAGCAUGCACUCUAGUUCCAAAACAUCAGUCAAGAAUCGUGAACGGUACCGAGAGAAUUGUCAUUGAUACAGAAGGCUUUGAUGAUGGAGACCAUAUUACCGAAGACCAAAUCGAAAAACUUGCCCAUUAUCUUAAAACAUUCCCCAUAGGAAUCAAUGCAAUUGGAGUUGUUAUUCAGUAUUCACGAAUGAGAUUGACAAGAGGUGUUAAAGAUGUGAUUAAGUUCAUAUAUGAUGCAUUUGGAGAUGUAAUCUUGUCACAUCUCUGCAUCAUAUGGACGUUCUCCAAGUACAGACCUGAAGAUUGGAAGGUCAGGAAUGAAGAUUACAAACCCAAAAUAACCAAUUACUUGUGCGAAAUAUCAGGUAAGAAAGAGAUUCCGAACAUUCCUUUCUACUAUGUAAACUGCGAUAAACCUGAUAAAGAUUUUGUGGUUGAGAACAUGACUCAAUUCCAUGGAUGGGCUGUCAGUCGUCAGAAAUUCAGUUCGUCAGAGAUUAAAGAAGCCACUUUAGGUUACACAACAGAAGAAGAGAAGGAAGAGAAAGUCAAGGUAGAGACAUUCACAGAUGGCAAUGUUACAUAUCAAAAAUAUGUUGACAGAGUCAGACAUAAAAUCAUUCCGAACGGAAACAAGAAUGAUAUUCACUACUCCGAUUGGGAAAUUACAAAGGAAUAUCAAGAAAAGUUGGAGGAAGUAAAAGAAGAAUUCCAAUACAAUGUCUUAUCUGGCUACACAUAUGAAGAUGGCAAUAAAUACGAGAUUAGACAAGAUCUCGUAAGGGAAGUUCGCAUCUUCUAUCAGACUGGUAAGCAGAAAGAAGGUCAUUGGGCAGUUCUCAAAGAAAACAAAGUCUGUGUGGGUAAAACCACAACGCAUGAAGAAGUUAUUGAAAAAUCAUGGGUAGAAAUAGUUGAUGGCGGUUAUAAUCAGAUAAUAGCUUCAUUCAAACAAUUGGUGAAGACGAACCCUGACGGAGAAACAAGUUUUGGAGACCCCAAAGAAAUUCCUGGCUCAAGAAGAAUCAAUUUCGUUAAAAAUACCCCAACAGUAAUCGUUAAAAAGAAACGUGGUCUCUUGCGCAAGGUUCUUGGAGCAAUUUUCUAA